UUUGGGAUUCAGCUUGUGGUCCAUAGAAAAAAAAAUGCAGAAAAUCCUGCUAUCCUCUUCAUCGACCAGUGGACCGGAAGUCUUUAUGGAGCUGAUCGAUUCCAUAAUUUUGGCAUCCAAAACAGAUUAAAGGCCAGGACUGGGGAAGGAAGAAAGACAAGAAGAAUCAUUUGUAGCAGCUUUUAAUCGGAUGAAGGAAGUAAAAGAUGGAGCAUCAAAGGAAGCAUCAGUCGUGGGAUGGAAAUAAAGAGCAGUCCGCGGGGAGUGAGGAAAAUCCUGCCUUUCUUCUUAUGGAGGUUGAAAAAGCCGAGCUGGCGUUCUGAAAUAAGAUGGAUUAACAGAAAUGAGAUGGAUUUAACUGAAAUGAGAUAAAAAGCAAAAAAAAAAAUCACUUGCACUUUCUUUUCCCAUAGAUUUCAUGAAGCGCAUUUACGCAGCAAACGUGUCCAUGGAUCCAGACACUUGAUCUACAUAGGGUGCGAAACCAUUCGUACCCUGUUUACAUGUUUUUUGUUUUUUGUAUCUGAUCGAAACACGCUUUUAUUAUUAUUAUUAUUAUUAUUAUUAUUAUUAUUAUUAUUAUUAUUAUUAUUAAAACGCCUGCGCCUUUCAGCACCAUAGACAGCAGCAAUGACUCGCUUGCGCAGGAAGUUCUGCGUGGCCCUCUUCCUCUUCGCUCUCUUCAUCUUCGGCACCAUGAUGGGUUUACGAACCCUCAAGCCCACUGAUGGAUUCUCAGAUCUUGCGCCCGGGAUGGAGCUCGCACCCUUCGUAGGUGGGAAACUGCUGGACCGGCGACCAGCUCCAAACCAUGUGGACGUAAGCGACACCAAGGUCGUCUUGUCCAAAGCUGGCCAUGAGCACAGCAUUUUCUACGACGUUCACAUCUUCUAUUAUCUGUGGUACGGUGCACCGCCUGUGGACCAUGGUUACAUCCAUUGGGACCACGUCCUCGUUCCUCACUGGGACCCCAAAAUAGCUGCCAGUCACCCCAAAGGAAGGCACAAUCCACCAGAGGACAUCGCAUCCAGUUUCUACCCUGAGCUCGGACCCUACAGCUCGAGGGAUCCCAAUGUACUGGAGGCACACAUGGCACAAAUCGAAGCAGCUGCUGCAGGUGUUGUCGUUCUCUCUUGGUACCCGCCUGGUGUGGCAGAUGAACACGGAGAACCUACUGAGGAUCUGGUGCCUUCCGUGUUGGACGCUGCCCAUAGGCACAGUCUCAAGGUGGCGUUUCACAUCCAGCCGUACCGCGAGCGGACCGACCUCAGCAUGCAUGACAACAUCAAAUACAUUAUUGACAAGUAUGGAAAUCAUCAUGCAUUCUACAGAUUCAAGUCCAGCACAGGUCGAAUCCUCCCCAUGUUCUACGUGUAUGACUCGUACCUGACCCCGCCUGAAUCCUGGGCAGAGUUACUGACCCAGCGCGGCUCCCACAGCCUGCGAGGAACACCUUAUGACGGGAUCUUCAUUGGCCUUGUCGUGGAAGAACGUCACAGACACGACAUCCUGGCAGGUGGCUUCGACGGCAUGUACACCUAUUUCGCGUCCAACGGCUUCUCCUACGGCUCCUCCCAUCAGAACUGGAAGACCAUCAAAGAUUUCUGUGAUGGGAACAACCUGCUUUUCAUGCCCAGUGCCGGGCCGGGUUACGUAGACACUGCGGUUCGGCCGUGGAACAACCACAACACGCGAAACCGAGUCAGCGGACGUUAUUACGAGACCUCUUUGCAGGCCGCGCUGUCGGUGAGACCGGACAUCAUUACCAUUACUUCAUUUAACGAGUGGCACGAAGGCACGCAGAUCGAGAGAGCCGUACCUAAGAAGACUGCUACUCGUCUGUAUUUGGACUACAAGCCUCACGAGCCUGAUCUUUACCUGGAGAUCACUAAGAAGUGGGCUGAACAAUUUAGUAAGGAGAAAGAGCAGUGGUUAUUGUGAUUGGAACUGAUGAAGGAUUGGAAAUUGUUUAGCACAAAUCCUAUAGACUCUUCUGUUUUGUAUUCGGCAUGGUUUGAUGAACAAGGUUUAUUGUUCCCUCUGACCUCUGUCUGAAUAUUUAUGACAUUUCCUCGGGCUAACCUUAGGCACCGUUAGGAUUUUAUAAGCUCAAACUCACCAACUUUUAUUAGGGAGCUCUGAUUCAAACAUGUUUUACUCUGCGGAAAGAGUGUGAGCUCAUAUUUCCUUGUAACCUGAAUGUGACUCAACGGAUUCAUAAAUAAAGAAUUAAAACCAACACCUAGGACCUAGGUUAAUUGUCCGAAUCGAAUCAUUGCCGAACAUUAUUUUAUGAC